GUCAUAUUUUUCAUAUCAUCACGUCUGGCUGCUGUCAAUGGUUGUUCGAAAAAUUUGCGAUAUUUGUGGUUGAUGAAUGAGAAAUGGAAUUUAAAUUUAUAUAGUCCUAAUCGUUUUCAUAGAUAAUUACAGUAUUUUACGUUGGAUGUUCAAGUGCAUAAGUGGUAAAACAUGCCUUUGGCUAACACCUCAGAUCCUUGGCGAAUGCAGAAUGUUGGAGAUAACACGCUUGGUACAUCUGCUCAGCCAGCCAAUAGUCUUCCAAUUGUGGUUGAAAACUCAGCCGAGUCUCGUCAGGCAUCUACAACUGAGAGCUUAGAUACAAAUGUAGACAUUAGUGAAGAAAGGGAGGUAGAAAUACAAGAUGUAGUUAAAGAAGGACAUGAUAAGGCAGACCCAUCACAAUUUGAAUUGCUCAAAGUUCUUGGUGAAGGUUCCUUCGGAAAAGUAUUUUUAGUACGAAAAGUCACUGGUGCUGAUGCUGGAACUCUAUAUGCCAUGAAGGUACUUAAAAAAGCUACAUUAAAAGUAAGAGACAGAGAACGUACAAAAAUGGAGAGAAAUAUUCUAGUUGAAAUGGGCCAUCCAUUUAUUGUUAAGUUGCAUUACGCUUUUCAAACAGCUGGAAAAUUAUAUUUAAUACUCGACUUCCUGCGUGGUGGAGAUUUGUUUUCACGACUCAGUAAAGAGGUAAUGUUUACUGAGGAGGAUGUUAAAUUUUACCUAGCUGAACUAGCAUUAGCUUUAGAACAUGUACACAAGUUGGGAAUAAUAUACAGGGAUCUGAAACCAGAAAACAUUUUAUUAGAUGCUGAUGGCCAUAUAGCACUUACAGACUUUGGGUUAUCAAAACUCCCUCCAACUAGUGAUAAAGCCUAUAGCUUUUGUGGUACUGUGGAAUACAUGGCUCCAGAGGUGGUUAACAGGAGAGGACACACAUUUGCAGCAGAUUGGUGGUCCUUCGGUGUACUUAUGUUUGAGAUGCUGACAGGUAACCUACCUUUCCAUGGCUCGACACGACAUGAAACUAUGACACAGAUAUUAAAAGCGAAACUUGGAAUGCCCUCUAACCUUAGUGAAGAGGCGCAGUCUCUUUUGAGAGCUUUAUUCAAAAGAAACCCGCAGAACAGAUUGGGAGCCGGUGCUAAUGGCAUUGAAGAUAUAAAGAGUCAUGAGUUCUUUGCAAGUAUAGAUUGGGAUGCUUUGUAUAGAAAGAGGUACGUGGUGCCCCCAUUUAGGCCGGCAGUAUCUAGGGCCGAUGACGCAUUCUACUUUGACUCAGAGUUUACAUGUCGCACGCCCCGAGACUCACCCGGUGUUCCGGCUUCCGCGAAUGCACAUGAACUAUUCCGCGGUUUCAGUUUCGUCGCCCCUUGUUUACUCAACGAUGAUAACAAGACGGUUACGAACCAAAAUCAAAACCAUGUUCCUACGAAUAAUAAAACGUCCACUGAAGAAUUUUGGGCUGGUUUCGUCAAUAGGAAUAAUUUCUUCGACGAAUACAGAUUAAUGGGAGAGUUAGGUACAGGAUCGUUUUCAGUCGUUCGCCUCUGUGAACACAAAACCUCAAGGGUGCAGUAUGCUGUCAAGAUUAUGGACAAAUUGCAGUAUGAUCCUCGUGAAGAAAUUGAGAUACUGUUAAGAUACAGCCAACAUCCGCACAUAAUAACUCUGCGCGGUGUCUACGAGGAGGGUGGUCGGAUCCUGGCAGUGACGGAGCUCUGUCGCGGUGGAGAACUACUCGAGCACAUCACACAACGUCGCUACUUGCCCGAACAUGAGGCUGCACCUAUAUUGAGGAAUGUCCUCCACGCUAUACACUAUCUUCAUAGGCACACUGUUGUGCAUAGAGACAUAAAACCUUCGAACAUAUUGUUCGCGACCGCAGAAAAGAGGCCUGAGGACAUUCGUCUCGUAGACUUUGGUUUGGCGAAACAGUUGCGCGCUGAAAACGGCCUACUUAUGACACCAUGUUAUACUGCUAAUUUCGUUGCUCCCGAGGUGCUAAAACGUGCUGGUUAUGAUGCCGCUUGUGAUAUAUGGAGUUUAGGUGUGCUAGCUUAUAUAAUGCUGUCGGGAAGGACACCAUUUGCUUCAACUGGAGAUGAUACACCUGAAGCGAUUUUAGCGAGAAUCGAAUCUGGAAAGGUGGAACUAUCAACUGGAGUAUGGCGUCACGUGUCAGCGGAGGCGCGGGGCUGCGUACGUCGCAUGCUACAACUAGAGCCGGCGCAGCGGCCGCGCGCCGCUGAGCUAGUGCGAGAGCCGUGGAUCACUGCCCCACACCCACCGCAACCCGCCGCCCACCCGGCGCCUGAUACAGACCCACCCAGCGACCUGCGACGAGCUGUCGAUCUUACCUUCCAGGCAAUGACAGCUUCGCCACUGACGCCCCAAGUUCUGGGUCCUGUGUCACAAUCAACUCUCGCGCAGCGUCGUAGUAAACCACAGCGACGUUUCCCACCAACACAACUUUAAAAUGAAAAUCUUCAAUCAAGUGGUGAAUAUCAAGAAAUCAAUACUGGGUACAUUACGAAUGAUAAUGUAAGUACAUGUUAUAAAGCACAAUCAACUGCAGAGGAUCGCGAUGACAGGUUUUGGGAGUCUACAAAAACUUAUAAGACUCAAUUAAAUGCCAAAACCAUAUAAUUGAAUCGAAAGUAAAUAAAGUAUUAACCGUCUGCACUGUUACAUGUUUUUGUUUCGACUGCUUUUGUGACUGCUAGUAUUAUGCAGACAAACGAAUGUGAUUGUAAAAGAGUAUUUUAUUUUAUGCAUUGGAAUGUCAUCAAGGACAGGAUCAUUUAUAGUUAACGACAUUCCAUAUAAUGUCACAAUUAGUUUAGUUGGUGUUGUGUAUAACGUAAUCCUAUAUUGUUUUAUGAGCGAUAUUUUUCUAUUAGGUGUAUUAUACGAUAAAUGAUUAUUAUAUUAUUAAACGUCAAAUCAGCUGCAUUUAAAACAAUGUGCGUUAAAGAGCUUUACCGUCAUGACCAAUGAAAGUCGUCUUCCUGCAAAGUAUUUAUUGUAGAUGGCAGGUGUUACGGCUUAAUAUAAUAAAUAUUACUUGCCCACCUGUACAGCCGCGGACUAAAAAUUAUAUUAUUUAUUAAUAUCGCAGUAUGGAAUAGAGUAGUAGAUAUCUGAUCAAACAUUUUUAUCUUAUUAUUAGUAAUCUUAGCCCCAACUUUUAUUCUAUGUAAGUAGUGAAUUUGUUCAUGUUCUAAAACUUAAUCGCUUUUUACAUUGCAUACAAUUUAUUUUUAUACUUCUCUGUGCCAUUUAGUUUUCAUUGCUGUAUGUGCAAUAUUAUCUUUGUAUACUUCAUUAAACGUAUUAGCUACUAUUAUAUUAAUUUGAUGGUGCGUCGUGUUGUAUAAGUAUUCUUCAUAAUAAUUCUUUAGAUACUCAUAGUCAUUAGUCGUCUCAAACGUAUUUUAUUUCGAUGUUGUUCUUAUAACAGAAAGUUGUUUAUAUUUUUGUAAGACAGUAUUUUUUGUAUGUCCGAUUUAAUUAUAGAAAUUAAACAAUUAUAUUUAUAAACAAAACGUAAAAAGACAGCGACUACACGUAGUACUUCCAUCUUUUUACAACCAGAGAAACUUGAAUAUUUUGUAUACUUCUUGCAAACAUGCGUGAAUAAAAAAAAUCAAUGAUAAUAUUUGUAUGACAAUCUUAUAUUUUGUUGGUUUUAAUGUUAAUACAUUAUCGUGUCGUCUUUAUUCAUUUUAUCAUAUCUGUAUUUCAUCACCUAACAGUUUUCUCUUGACCCUUCUUCUUUUAUUAUGUUGAACAAAACCAAUAUUAAUUUAUUUUUGUAUGGGUGAUGUUAUACUCGUAAUCAUUUCAUAUCAGUAAGGCCUAACUUAAAGCAUAAUUCAUUUCAAUUACCUUCACUCUAGUUCUAGACUUUGUAGUGUCACCUAGUAUUUUAGAAUAAGUAAUUAUAUUAUUAUUAUUAUAUACAAUUAUUUCAUUGUUCUUUGCGUUAAAAGAGUGUAGAUUUAAGUAUGUAGGUAAUAAUUCAUACUUUUUAACUUCAUUUUAUUGUAAUCGCCCCAAAUUAACUGUGCCAUUCCCCUAUGCUUUACUUCCUAUUUAUGGAUGACGUAAAAUCGCUUUAAAUCAUACUUAAUUGGAUAUUUUUAAAAUGUGACCUGUAUACGACCAUUCUAUUUAUAUUUUAAUGUAAUAUGGACGUCAAUCCCAAAUCAAUUAUAAUUCCGCUGUUCUUCCAAUUUGUGAAUUUUUAUUUUAUUUUUGUAUAUCUAUAUUUCUGACUGUCAUUCUACUUGACAUAGCAGUUUCUUUUAUUGGUUUCCUGUAGAUUGAGCAGUGAAUACCCAAUGCCAAACUAUUGAAUAAUAACUACCAAUGUAAGAUAAUUAUACUAUCUUUAAUAAUAUUAUUUGCAUGUAACUAUCUACGUAACUACUUAUACAUGUAUGUGUUGUUUCCAUUCUAAGGUGGCUGUCAUCUACAUCCAUAUAUUUUUAUACAUAUUUUUAUUUUUACUACACAUAUUAAAAAAAUAUAUUAUAUAAUAUGGUGAUUGGUUAUCUACCAAAGAUUAGGAGAUUUUAUUCUUAACAUUUUAAUCUAACAUAGUAAAAAAUCUUGGAAGAACUUAGAUUGUGUAGUUUUAUCUUUAUUAUAGAUCAAUAAGAUGUAUUUAGCAUAAUAUUUGAAGUACAUUGCAACACUUGUAGUUUUAGUAUUUACCAAAAUCAGUUUGAAAUGUUUCUAACCAUUGACGUAAACGACAAUUACAUAUUUGGUUAUGAUAAAUAUUACGAUUGCUCAGUGUUGCUUGUUUUACCAAAAUUGUAUGUAAUUCUUUUACCACAGUUUUAUCAACUGAAGGAAUUGAUAUUGAAUAAAAUAUAAAUCUAAAUAAGUAUAUUUAAAUUAAGAUUUUAAGAAUUUAUAACAUAAUAUGUCCUAACAAUUUCAGCAUCUAACAUAUCUGGAUACUACUCGAAAUGUGCAUGUAAAUUGUAAAAUGGGUGCAGUAUUCAUUAUUACUAUGUGAUCUAAUAGGUAGGAGAAAAAUAAAAAUUCUGACUGUUUUGUUGUCUCUGAGUCAUAGUUGCCUGAACUUUUACUGUAACUGAUAAUAAAAAAAAUUUUAUGUUCAAAUCAAUCUCCAAUUUUGCUAAUUCUACAAAAAGAAAUUAUUGAUAUUGCAUAAAAUUUUACACAUGUUACAUUAGUAGUGUAGUUGUCAAUUUUAGAAAUAUUUAAUUUUUAUUUAUUGCCCUGAAAAUACUGUGUUUUCUACAAGGUAGAAUAAAGCCGGCAACGUUGUUUAAAGAUGACCUACAAACGUAUUAAGUCUACUCGCGUAGAACACUCGUACGAAUACCAGCAUUUUCGGCUCCAAAGUAGGUUUCUUGCUAAUGCAUACUUAACUUUUUCACGAAGACAACUAUGUUUGGGAUCAGUAGUCGUUUAAUAAGAAUAAUAUGUAGUAACCAUACCUAUGUAAAUUAUCUUGCACGCCCAAAGUACUUUAUGUACAAAAUUAAAAAAUGAGAUUAAAAAUCCAAUAUGGUAAAGUAUCCACUUGGAUACUUUCUUACAUAAAAGUACAAACUUGAUAUAUUAGACGUCUCAUAAAAAUAUAUAUUAAGUAAUACAAUUGAAUUGUAAAAGUUGAAAUAUUGAAGUAAAUUCCAGUGAGAUAUAAAAAUGUAUUUUGUCUAACUUGAUGGAAAUUUAAAGUUGUUAAUGAGCACAUAUUUAUAUCGUGGCAGAGUUCAUAAUUAAUAUACGUAUAUUCCGAUCAUAUCGCACAAAGGAUUGGCUCUAUUAUACUAUACUUAAUCGUAGUUUAUCAUGGUGCAAUGUACUGAUGUUCAGGUAUGCUUAAAAUUUGGCACUUACAAAAUAAAACUAUUUCUAAUAAUGUCAAGCACUUAAUAGAUAUUUCUUCAUAUAAGUAGUUGCCUAGCUUUGGUCAUAUAUUUUUGUGGCCAGUGAUAAGGUUCUGGUUAUCUAAUAUUAAAACGUCCUGUUUUACCUAUAUAAAUCACAUUCUAAUUGUCAAUAGGUGAAAUUGCUCGAAUUCAUUAUUCCAUAUUCGUAUUAUUCUUUUAACUAGUAAAAUCGUCUUCUAAAUUAACAUGUCGACAGUAACAGGACUUGCAACCAGGUAUUUAUAUGUAUGAUCCUUAGUUUCGCCACAACUUAUUCCAUUACUUUUCUAUAAAUGAUAUCCAUAUAUUAAGUACUUAAUAUUACUAACAUAAGAUAAUUAAACAUAAUGUAAUAGAUAAAGUAUGAAUGAUUAUUCACUUGGAACUGAGCUUGCCUGCACAUUUGUUAAUUAAUUAUAAAGAAAUAUUUUCCUAAUGGCUCAUAAUAAUAUGUUGAUGUUGAAGUGACAUAGAUAGUUUUCCAAGGACACUUCAGAAUGUAGCAUACACAUGUUGAAAUUACUGACGCUAAUAUAGAAAUUAUCCUAACAAGACCACACUACAAGGAAUUGAAUAAAAAAUGAGAGAAUAGUAACUUUCCAAUCGCCCCAUUAGCGUAAAGAUUUAAGUGUGGAGUUCUUGUGGUCUUGAUGUUAAUGUUAUGUCACAUCUAUUUUUCUAUCUGAAAUUAGAAAUUAAAUUUCUACAUAGUAAAUAAUGACAGCAAAUUGUUGUAUAGAAAUCACAUAGAGAUGUAAUAUAAAUAUUGUUGAUAUUGCUUACGAUGUUGUUUCAUUUAUAACAUUCAAUGAUAAAGUUUGAAAAUCUACUUAAUUGUUUUUAUUCAUUAAGAAUUCCACUAAUUCUGAAUAAUAAGCGCCUAUAAGAAUCACAUAGUCAACAACAGGGAUGUUAGGGAGCUCCGUAAUCGUAACCGAAACUAUCGGAUAUCCGAUAUAAAAAAAUAUCCGUAACCGUAACCGAAUCCGAAAUAAAAGUUUCGGAUACUAUCGGAUAGCGGCGUGACGAAUAAACAAAACAAUUAUAUUAGCUAUUUGUAUUUUACUUUUGAAAUUCCUUAAAAUUUUAAUAUCCGUAACCGAAAUUAUCCGAAACUAACAUCCAAAAUUUAUCGUCCGUAACCGUAUCCAUUCCGUAACCGUAAUCAUUUCUAUAUCCGUAUCCAAUCCGUAUCCGAAAUUUCAUAUCCAUAACAUCCCUGGUCAACAAUACACUUUUCAGUGUUUUAUGAUUAGACAUCAGAUCAUGGGAAUAAUGGAGUAUUUGUCUUGAAACUUUUGAGACAUAAUAAAAGAAACUUAAUUUUUCGUGUUAAAAUUGUAUUUAAAACUCAUUUUUCAUAUUUAGUUUAACAACUUGAAAUAAGAUUUCUGAUUAGCUUUACGCAAAAUGAUCGCAUAAAUACACUGUACUAGUCCAUAAAUAAAAGGGUAACUAUAACUAUAAAAUAAAUAAUGUUAUAAACAAGUAAAGAAAUUUUUGAUGUUAAUAGUAAAUAAUCAAUAUUUUCAAUCUUAUAUAUACUACUAGCUUCUGCCCGCGACUUCCUACGCGCAAUCCCGUUUUCUCCCGUUCCCGUAGGAACUUUCUCCUAAUAAUAACAAAUACAACAAAAGAAGAAUUAGUGAAAUUGGUCCAGCCAUUCACGCGUGAUGCCGUGAGCAAGGAAAAGGGAUUCAUUUUUAUAUAUAAAAUAACAUCACGCCUUUUAUCCCCGAAGGGGUAGUUGCACAUUAUGCCACUGUACAAUGAUUUUUUUAAAAACCCAGUAAUAUUUUAGUCCCUGGAGUCGAACCCGUGACCGGUUUCCCGGCAGUUGCACUUGCGACCACUCGGCCAAUGAGGCAGUCCUUUAAUAUACAUUAUUUAAAGCUGAAGAAUUUGUUUGUUUGAAUGUGCUAAUCUCAGGAAGUACUGGUCCAAUUUGAAAUAUCCUCUUUGUAUUGGAUAGCCCAUUUAUCGAGAAGGGCUAUAAAACAUCACGCUGCAUCAAUAGGCGUCGACCAGAGCGGGUGAAACCGCACGGAACUAGUUCCAAAUAAGACUAAUAAGCAGUCUAAGCAGAUGAAAAUUAAAACUUGUGAGGAUCAGGUUAUGCUUAGCAGUGAAACAUCAAAGACUUUGCCAUUACAAUCUUAUAUGUUUAUAUUACUGAAACUUAACAAAAUUACCUAUUUAACAUUAACUCCUUUUAAUGUCGGUGCUACUAUCACUCCCUUUCCAGGGACAAAUAAAGGAGUUCCUUUGUAGCAUGCAACUUUGUCAUCAUUUGUUAAGAGGUCAGGAGCACAGGUUUCAAAUAUUUUUUUCUUAGGAUUAAGUACAGCUUCUGGUUCUCGAGGGUAACCUUCACACUCUACUAAAUCACCAGGUACAGCUCCCUGGGGUGGCAUGAGAAUUUCAACCUUUUCAGGGGAUGAUGCACACAUGACCAUUGCUUCUGAUGUAAUUCCCCUCAUCUGAAAAAAAAAGUUACGAAAUUAUAAUUAUUUAAAAGUAUUUACAUUGUAUGUCAAUUUAUUAUAGUUAUUUAUUACGAGUAUAUUUCCUUACCUUUACUGGUUUUAAAUUUGCUAGUAUCAUAACAAUUCUAUCACGCAUUUCAUCUAUUGGUACAUGAUUUACAAGACCGGAGACAACAGUGCGGGGUUUAUCCUCUCCACAGUCAAUCUUCUCUACAUACAAUGUGUCGGCAUCAGGAUGUUUGUUCACAUCAAUAAUUUUUCCAAUUCUGAAAUCUAACUUCCUGACAUCUACGAUGGAAUCACCAGCAGGCUCUGAUUUUUCUUUGGGUUUUUUUACAGUUUCCUUUGCCUUCUUCGGAGCAGGCUGUUUUUCAGAUUGAACUGGUGCAUCCUCGGUUUUAACAUUUUCAACAGGUGCUACUGACUGCUUGCCUGGUAUGGCGUAUUGCUUCUUACCAUUCAAUGUUUCCAAUCUUAUCAAAUUGGCUUUAGCAGCUUCUACUUUAGCAGCUAAACCUUUAUUCUCCUCUGUAAGUGCCUGUAUUUUUUCUUCAAUCUUGAUUUUUUUAACUUCAUCUAG